GACCAAAAUAUUACAUGCCUCAUAGUUGGGAAACCAAACAUGUAAUUUAUUCGCAUACUUUUAAUUCAGUAACCUAAUUUCUAAAUAAAGAAAAAUAGUAUAACUCAAUAUUGAGCCAUCAUCCUAAAUAUGAGGCGUUACAAGGAUUCGGUAAACAUAUGGUGCAAAAAAUAAAUAAAUAAAUAAAUUGACGUGUUGUACAUAGAGGAUAAUUUGCCCUCCCAUAGUAAUUAAAAUUCACACGAUAUAAGGUGGAGCAUUUUUUAAAAAUUUUAAAUCUUUAAUGUCGAAUUCUAAAAUUAGAUGAUCCAAAUAAAAUUUAGGCACAUUUAGAGAGUCGCAAUGCAAUUCAACCUUUAAAUAUCCCAACAUAAUAUCUUUUUUUCUUGACUUACUUUUUCUUAAAAAUAAAUUUAAUUAAAAAUAUAAAGCAAUUUAAUUUUGAACUUGAAAUGAUUGAUAUCAAUUAUCAAUCUUUUUACCCUUGCGCUAGGGUCGGUGAAUCAAGUCAACAGGAUAUUUCUAAUUAAAGCACUCUUCAUCCUCUUCACCGAAGCCGGCCACUUGGUCCGAAGAUGGAAGAGCUUCUCAUCGUCCUCUCCUCUUCACGGAUAUGGCAGAAUUUGUCGGGAUGAAGGUUAGCGAGUGGUUCGCGUUCUACGUUCUAGAUAGGCUGGUCAGCAAGGUCUUCUCCUACUUCUCCGGGCGAUGCGAUCUGCUGAAAGGCGUGGAGGACAUGCUGCGGGACGUGGAGGAUCGGCUUCCGCGCAUCCGAGCGGUGAUCGACGCGGCCGAGGGGAUGCCCGUCAGGGAUCCGGCGCUGGCCAAAUGGAUAGCCGAGCUCAAAGACGCCGCGUACGCGGCCGACGACGUCGUGGACGAGUUCGAGUUCAGAGAGCUGCACGACAGAUUGCACCCGCGGGGCAAGGUGGGUGAGCUAUCAUCCUCGGCUCACAAACUUCUCGCGCAUUUUACCUUCUCGGACGAGGACCUCAUUAAAAGCUUGAAGAAUCUUGUAGAGAAUCUUGAUAAAAUUUAUGCCGACAUAGGCCACAGGGAAUUGAAGCUGGAUCAGUACUGCAAAGAUAAGAAGGAAGCCACCGCGGCCUGCAGGGAGACCAGCUCGUUCAUGCUGGAAGACAAGGUGUUUGGGAGGGACAAAGAGACACAGAUGAUGCUAGAUCUGCUGCUCAGCGCAGGCGAGCCGGCUGAUCGUGGUGGCGCCACUACAUGCAGCAGUGCAGCGGGGAGCAGCAGCGGUCCUGGUCUUGCCGUUCUUCCGAUCGUAGGUAUAGGAGGAGUCGGCAAGACAACUCUUGCGCAGCUUAUCUACAAUGAUCCAAGGGUAGCCCAGCACUUUCAGCUUCGGAGGUGGGUCUACGUCUCUGACAAUUUCGACGUGAAAAGGAUCUCCAAAGAGCUGGUGCAUGGGGGGAUUGCCGAUCCUCGCUUCGUCGAUAUCAGUUUAGAUGAGGCUCUAGUGAAGGUCACGGAUGCCACUAGGAAUGAAAGGUUCUUGUUCGUACUCGAUGACGUGUGGGACGAGAGAGGAAUCAAGUGGAAGGAGCUCCGUAGUGCAUUGAAAUUCGGGUUGAAAGGAAGUGUUGUUUUAGUAACUACUCAAAGCCCGGUUGUGGCAGAUCUUAUGGGGACCGUGGAACCGAUUGAGUUGAAGUGCUUGGAGGACUACGACUAUUGGGAGCUCUUUGAACACUACGCGUUUGGCGAUCAGGAUCAGCUUGACGGGAGCAAGCGGAAAAGGCUGCAAUUAAUUGGUCAAGAAAUAUCGAAAAAGCUACACGGCUUACCGCUUGCAGGAAAGGUGCUCGGAACUCUGCUCCAAUCCGAACAACAAGAGGGGUACUGGAGAUCAAUCUCCGAAAGCGAGUGGUGGAAGCAAGAACUUGCGCUAGAUAGCAUCCUUCCAUCUCUUGGAUUGAGCUAUCAGCACUUGACCACGAACCAGAAACAAUGCUUUGCUUACACUUCUAUAUUCCCGAGGGGUUACGAAUUCGAGAAGGAACAACUGGUCCACAUGUGGAUUGCACAGGGAUUUAUCCAAUUCGACUCCGACCAGAGAACCAGACCGGAGGACUCAGGCAAUCGUAUGUUUGAUGAGUUAGCCAACAGGCACUUCUUUUUUCCUACGAUGCAUAACAAGUUUGUGAUGCAUGAUCUGAUCAGAGACUUGGCCGUGUAUGUUUCGUUGGAUGAAUGUUAUGCGGUCAAUGAGUGGCCGGUAAAGUUUCCAGCGACUGUUCAUCACUUAACUCUUAAUACAGAUAAUCUAGAUGUGCUAAGGGACGUCCCCAAGUUUCAAAGAUUACGAUCUAUCAUAUUUUUUCGAGAAUAUGAUUCUUCAGAACUUGAUGAGAUUCUCGAAGGAAUCUUAAAGAAUCUCAAAAGCCUGCGAGUGCUAGAUUUGUCACACAGCGGUAUACAAAUAAAAAAGUUACCAGAUGCUAUCUGUGACCUAUCACAUCUUCGGUACCUAGAUAUUUCGUGCACUGGUAUCAGGCAAUUUCCAAAACAGUUUUCCAGGCUUUGCCAUCUACAGGUUCUUAACUUGCAGCGCUGUCGCUUUAAGAAGAUGCCUGAAGGAAUGAAUAGACUAAUAAAUAUGCGACAUUUAUACGCAGGAGCUGAAACAAUUGCUCUAAUUGAUGGGAUCGGGAGACUUACCGACCUUCAGGAGUUGGAAGAAUUCCGCAUCACAAGGAAGAGAGGACACCGGAUCGAAGAGUUGAAGGGACUGAGAAACCUCCGGAGGCGACUUGUUAUACAAAAUCUUGAGAGUGUGGAAAGUAGGGAGGAGGCCAUGGCAGCCGACUUAAAGAACAAAGAAUACCUUAAUGCACUAUGCUUGAAUAGGAAGCCUGAUGUAAAAGGCCAGUGUGAUCUGGAGGAGCAAAUGUUUGAAGGCCUAGAACCACAUUACAGUCUUAAAAAUCUUACAAUUCGGCAUUAUGGAGGUGCGACACUUCCAAAUUGGCUGGCAAAGAAGCAGCAUCUCACCAAUCUAGAAUCUGUUUACCUAAGCAACUGUGCUAGGUGCGCGAGUCUGCCACCCCUCGGGCAUCUUCCUUUUCUCAAGGUCCUCCACAUUAGCAUGAUGCCUGCAGUUAAACGAAUCGGAGUUGAAUUCUAUGGGGAUGCUGAUCAAGUCUUUCCAUCACUCGAGGAUCUCAGCUUUACCGACUUGAAGGAAUGGGAAGAAUGGGAAGAGUGGCCUCACACCGAAGGUCGGCAAUUUUUCCCUCGACUCCGUCUAGUCCACAUUUUCACUUGCUGGAAGCUGAGAAAAGUCCCACUUCAUUACUUAAGUUCAGCAGUGAUUGAGCUCAGAAUUCGUGGGUGUGGUGACUUGGGCGGUGCCCUGCCUCGAUGUCUACAGAGCCUAACCUCCCUCAUCAUCCUAGAAUUGAGUAACUACCCACAUAGAACAUCAGUUUGUCUGUCUAACCUAAGGCAUCUAGAGUUGUUGAAACUCGGAUGGUCAGAGUUUAGCCUACUUACCGGGUUUCGGUCCCUCACUAGCCUGAAAGAUUUGCAAAUUGGAGGAUGCCCCAAGGUGAAUGAUUUCAUGCAGACUGAGCUGCCAUAUGAGGAUCCAGAUCUGAGAUCACUCUCUUUUUUCAGCACGGACGAUAUCCCUUUCAACAAUGUGUGGAUCACACUAGGAACUGCCCGCUCCCUCCGUUAUAUUAUCCUUCAGAACUGCGAUCAUCUUGCUUGCUUCAAGGUAGAGCAGGAAGAAUGGUUCCAGAAGCUAAUCUUACUCGAAGAACUAUCAUUCUUGGCGUGUCGAAAUUUGCAAAGCCUUCCUACUUCUCUAGUAACCUUUUCCUCCAUCAAGAAGUUGUCCAUAGGCCUCUGCCCUGAGAUUAAAUCACUGCCAGAGAAUGGCCUACCAGCUUCGCUUAAAGAAUUGCGCAUCUGGGGGUGCCCAUCGCUGAAGGAGCGCUGUGUAAAGGAUCAAGGACUAGACUGGCAACUUAUUGCUCACGUUCCUUUUAUAUUCAUAGAUGGUGAAACCGUACAAAUUCUGUGAGAGAGUAGUUAAGCUAACUAAUUAAUCAGUUUCUUUAUCUGGUACUGAGUUUCAUUACUUUCUUUCUAAUAUUUGUGUUUUUUUGUACAUCUGUUUUCACGAUUCAUAAGUUAUGUAUAUUUCAAUACAUAGUUAUAUUCAUAUAGUUAAAGAUAA